AAUACGCUGAAAUUUCAAUUCAACCAUUUCAUUUUAUAAAAAAAACAAAACAAGUUUCUACGAUAUAGUUCGAUCAAAUUUACUAUUUAAGUAGUAGAAGAUUGAUGUGUAAAUUUCCUUCCAAGUUCAUCAUGUUUCAAAUUCAACUUGCUCAUGACAUGAUGCGGUUACAUUGAUAUUUCCGAAUAUUGUCACUUUUCCUCAUUUUUACGUUUUCAUAAUCCCAACAUCGAUUCUAUUCUAUUCUUCACCAAUCCGUUUUUUCACCGCGCCUAUAGUUAGAUAUUGAGUUUUUUUUCUUCCAGAUAUGGGUUCGUUUUUCAGUGUGUCGAAUAAUACCAAUUCUGAUCGAAGUGACCGGGAAGGAAUCUCUUCAAAUGAGACAUGUAAGAGGCAAAGAAUGUCGCCUACCGUUGAUGAAGAGAAUCCAAGACUAUUCCCUAAUCUUCCUGAUGAGGUAUCAAUUCAGAUUAUCGCUAGACUUCCUAGAAUUUGUUACUUCAAUUUUAGGCUUGUGUCGAGAAAGUGGAAGUCAACUAUCAUGAGUACGGAACUAUAUGAAGUAAGAAAAGAAUUAGGAACAACGGAAGAGUGGUUAUAUCUUUUGGUUAAGGUAGGAGAGAAUAAGCUUUUGUGGCAUGCUGUAGAUCCUCGUUCUCGAAUAUGGCAGAGACUGCCUACUAUGCCUAAUGUUGUCGAUGAAGAAGAAUCUAAGAAGGGUUCUUCAAGGCUUUGGAUGUGGAACAUGGUGGAAGGUAUCAGAAUUGCUGAAGUUAUUAGAAGCUUUCUUGGAAAGAGGGAUGCAUUUGAUGAAAUGCCCUUUUGUGGUUGUGCUAUUGGAGCUGUUGGUGGGUGUCUCUAUGUUCUAGGUGGAUUCUCUAAAGCUUCAACUAUGAGAUGCGUCUGGCGAUUUGAUCCGAUACAAAAUACGUGGACCAAGGUCACUUCUAUGUCUACGGGUCGGGCAUAUUGUAAGACAGGAAUCUUAAACAACAAGCUUUAUGUUGUUGGAGGGGUUAGUCAAGGUCCAGCUGGAUUGCUACCUCUUCAAUCUGCUGAAGUUUUUGAUCCCUCUACAGGUGCGUGGUCAGAAAUGCCUAGUAUGCCGUUCUCAAGAGCUCAGGUCCUGCCGAGCACUUUCUUGGCCGACAUGUUAAAACCAAUUGCGACAGGGUUGACAUCAUACAUGGGAAGGUUAUGUGUUCCACAAAGUUUGUAUUCAUGGCCCUUUUUUGUUGAUGUCGGGGGAGAAAUCUAUGAUCCUGAAACAAACUCAUGGAUAGAAAUGCCAAUUGGAAUGGGCGAGGGUUGGCCCGCACGACAAGCAGGUACAAAAUUGAGUGUCGUAGUGGAUAACGAAUUAUAUGCUUUUGAUCCUUCCAAUACAAUGGACAGCGGAAGGAUCAAGGUAUAUGAUCAAGGAGAAGAUGUUUGGAAAGUUGUUAUUGGAAAAGUCCCUAUAUAUGGUUCUGAUGAUUCAGAAUCUCCUUAUCUACUUGCUGGUUUCCAUGGAAAACUUCAUGUCAUCACAAAAGAUGCCAAUCAUAAUAUUGCUGUUUUGCGAGCGGAGCUACGCCAUAAUUUGGAUUGUUCGCCAUCAUCACCCUCGUCAACACUGUCACAAAAUCCCUUGCCUGAAUUUGUGGUCCCGCCGGCCGAAACAGAUGCAGUUGUUUGGAAAAUAGUUGCAAGUAGGUGUUUGGGACAGGCUGAACUAGUUAGUUGCCAAGUAAUUGACAUGUAGCUGCAAACACAGCAAGCAAUAAAUGUGACAGACAGACAGACAAUCUUUGAAGGGUUGGUUUGUUUGAAGUUACUACAUUGAGUUGGUUAGCAGCCCCACCUGGACUGAGUACAUUUGGAUUUUGAGUAAGAUGUUGGUAAAUUAAAGAGUGCUGUUAUAUUAUAGUUUUGUUGUACCUAUUUACAUUUUUAUGAGGUAAAUAAGUCUUAUAGGAACUGUCAGUUACUGACAUGAUAGAAUAAUAUCAGAGAAAGAAAUUUAUAGUAUCCAUUAUUUGUCACACUAUAUACAUACUACAUUAAAUAAUGCAGCUAACAAGCUGAAUAUUAUAUUUAUCUUGAAAA